AUGAAGGCAGGCCAGCCAGACGACAUUUCGGAAUUUCAGUGUUGUGUUUUCUUGAAGCGACACCCAACACCAAAUCGUCAAAGGAAGCCUCAGCGCUACUCUGACGCACUUGACUUUUCACUCGUUGCGGGGGAGAGAUUUGUUGUGCCUCGCCUCUACGCAGCCAGUCAGUCUCUUUCCAGAAUAAAAAACACGGAAACUAACCUUAGAGACGGCAACAUGUUGAUGUUGUUGAUGACGGGUGUCUUGGACUCGUUUGCGCGCCAACUCGAUGAAGAGAAUGCUGAAAGCGGAAUAGGCCGACAAUCACAGCUUCUCGGGAGACACAAGAACCUACAGCCCGUCUUUCGGGGGUGUCGGCGACAUGGCAACAUGGUCGCUGAGAAAGCGAGGUCCGAUCGCCUUUUUGGCGCCCGGCAGCGUCUCGAAGGCCAUAAAACCCUAUGGGCACAGCAAAUUUGUCUCCGUACCUCUGCGAUUGUGUUCCACUCCCCUCGCUCUUCUCAAGUUGCAACCAUGGCGAUGCGUUCUCCUCGUCUCGAUUCAACCCCUGGCACGGCCGAGCUCGCCAUCUUGCAAGUCUGCAAGUACGCCAGAGACCCGCUUAUUGUCUGGCUGUCUGAUACUCGUAAGCCCGUGACCAAAACAGAGGCUCGUAUAGGAGACCUUCAGACGACCUUCCACUCGGCGAGAGGAAGAAACCGGGGUCAAAGGGUCAUGGGGUCGCCAUUCUGCGCAAGGUCGAGUAGCCCCAGGCUCCUGUCAACAAUUUGCAACAGUCGCAGCCAUUACGUUGGUUCGUUUCUACCCUCUUGUCGGUUGGCCAGACCAAAGUGA